AUCUAGCCCCGCUGGUAAGUACCACGAGACACCUCAUCAUGAACGGCGGCGUUUCCAAGGCGCAGACCCGCCAGUCUCGCCUAAAACCAUCCAAGGCCUCGGAAGGGAAGCUGGUGGGCGCUGUUGCAAGGAAGCGUGCAGGUAAGCAUGCCGGCAAUGCCCUCGUCUGCGGAAAGUGGAAAGACGUGUUACCUCGGGCACAGGACGUUCGCAGAGCUCUAGAGAACAGUCUCCAGUGACAGGAGAUAUCGCACGAGACACGCCGUUGUAUAUGAAAAGGCGGCGCGACGCGACUUCUGGGGCCGACUGGUUACCGACGAAGAAAGCUCGAUUGACUGGGGCAGACACGCAACUGUCCGGAGCUGAGGACGAGAAAGCAGAACAGGCGGCUAAGAUAUGAUAUCGUCCGCUCACACAAGUCACCAGCUAAUGGAGGAGCUCGUGCAGACGACUCUACAACAGCCAAAGCCUAAGCCUUCCAAGCGCCUAUACGUCUCAUCCCUCGACCGCAAGGUCCAGGGGCCAGAAUCCAUGAUUAAGUCGUCAACAACGAAGACGAAGCUGGCUACGAAAUAGUCCAGCAACCCUGCGAGCCUACGCCUCCGACUUCGUCCAAACUAGAGCGCCUGUCCAAACAUGACAAGACCUCAAGCUCCCCGUCUUCGUCCUCGAAGUCGCUCCCACCUGUCAUCCAAACCAACGAGCAAAG